CCCUCUCUCUCUCUCCCUCUCUCUCUCUCUCUCUCUCUCUACCUGUCAGGAGACGGACCCUCUGUGCUCACAUCCACCUGUUUGUGGAGGAAUCUGCUCGACUGCAAAAGUUCCUAGCAGUGAUGGCGCUGCGGGGGGGAAAGAAGCUGAGCAUCUCCAUCCAGGAGCACAUGGCCAUCGACGUGUGUCCCGGCCCCAUCCGCCCCAUCCGCCAGAUCUCCGCCUACUUCCCCCGCCUGUCCCCCACCUCCCCUGGCCCCGCCUCCUCGCCGCUGGCCCUCAGCCCCGGGAUGGGGGGGGCUCACCUGCUGUCCCCCAUGCUGGCCCCCAGCCGGCCCAGCAUGGGGGGGUCCCUGUCCCUGAACAGCAGCAUGGACACGUCAGUGGAGAUCACCAGCGACGACAGCGACGACUGCACGGCUCUGGGAACGCUGGAGUUUGAUUUGCGGUACGAGCGGAGCUCCAGCGAGUUGCACUGCACGGUGCUCCGGGCGAAGGGCCUGAAGUCGAUGGACUUCAACGGAUUGUCCGACCCUUACGUGAAGCUUCACCUGCUGCCUGGAGCCUGUAAGGCCAAUAAGCUGAAGACGAAGACGAUCCGUAACUCUCUGAAUCCAGUCUGGAAUGAAACUCUCACAUACGUCGGGAUCACAGAAGAGGACAUGCACAGGAAGACACUCAGGUUGACAGUGUGUGAUGAGGACAAGUUGACUCACAAUGAGCUGAUUGGAGAAUCCAGAGUUCCUCUGAAACGAGUGAAACUCGAUCAGACGAAACAUUUCCACACCUGCCUGGAGCACCCACCCCCGAUGCCCUCUCCGACAGCUAUGGGUGAAGCCCUUCGUGGAAUAUCGUGCUACUUAAGAGAGUGGGAGAACGAGCAGCUGCACAGCCUGGAGGAGAGAGGUCGUCUUCUACUCUCACUACAGUUUCAGCCUCCUCUUGGUUUGGAGGAAGCAGAUGCAGGAGGAGGAGGCGGACGUCGUGGCGGGGGUCUCUGCGUGGGCGUGAGGCGCUGCGCUCAUCUGGCAGCGAUGGACGUCAACGGGUUCUCUGACCCCUACGUCAAAAUAUACCUGAAGCCUGACUUACAGAAGAAAUCAAAGCACAAAACAACGGUGAUGAAGAAGACUCUUAACCCUGAAUUUAACGAGGAGUUCUUCUACGAGAUCUCCCUGCCGGAGCUGGCCCACAAGGUGCUGGAGGUGACUGUGUGGGACUACGACCUGGGACGCUCCAAUGACUUCAUAGGCGGCGUCUGCCUGAGCUGUCACUCGCAGGGCGACGUCCUCCGUCACUGGAUGGACUGCCUGAAGAACCAGGGCAGCCGGGUGGAGCGCUGGCACAUCCUGACCAACGAGCUGCCGCGGACCCUCGGCCACGACUGACACGACUCAUGGGGAAAGCCCGGAGUGGUGGACGAGAGACGCCAUGACGGGCGGGGAGGGGGCGUGCCCUCAUCAUCGCUAAGGGCGGAGCUCACCGAGAUCAAAGAGAAACCACAGACUUGUAAUUGCAUGUUCUUUGUUUGUAAAACAAAGGGUUCUAUUUGAGACUUCUGGUGUCGUGACGCCGUCUCUCUUACAGUCCGAAUGGCAGUCGAUGUUUCUCUUUAUAUUUUAUAUAUAUGUGAUCUUUCCAUUCGAUUUUUUCAACUUGAACCUUUUGAAAUGUGAAGUUUUACGUUGAGGCUCACGAACCAAACAUGACGCCACCGCAGCAUCCGUACGUUGUCCACGUAAUGUUGGGGAUUAUCAGUGUUUCCCCUAGUUUUACAACUUCGG